UUUCCUCGUUCAUUGGUUCAAUUGCCUCAAGUAUGGAUUUGGCCAAAAGCUUUAUUGUUGACGAGCAUUUAGCCAGCGGAAACGUAGACAGUGGUGGAGGCAUAGAACAAUUUGCUACCGUUAUUGAUCACAUAAUUGCAAGAAUAAAAUUUGUUUUCGAAGACGUUGUUUUGCGGAUUGAGUCUUACAAUGUGGAUAGUGGCCUCUGUACUGGAAUAGAAAUUCAGAUUGACAGGAUGGAAUUUCUUGAUGAAGUUAUUGAUGAGUUAAUCACUACUAAUAAUGUUGUCACAGAACAGCCUGAUCGAAGAAAUGAUUUAAACAAAUUAAUAAAUGUUCAAGGAGUUCGUCUUUAUACAGACAUUUGGACACCCAUUCGUCCGCAAAGAUUAAACACUUCACAGAUAGUUUCUAGUGAUAGCGAGCCUGAUAUUGAUCCGAUGGGAAAUUCAUCACUAAAUUUUCAGUCCUGCUACUCACAUUUUAGUAGUCGCUCUAAUUCAAAUACGGCAACUCGACUACCAAUUAACUCAAUUUCGCCAAAUCCAGUUCUUUUUGCACAACUAUUUUCUGAAAAACACACGAUUCAAAUACGAACAAAUAAUAAUGGAGGCAGUAGCAAUGUAGCAUCAACUUCUGAAGACGCCCGCUUCAAUAACCGAAUUGAAAUUGAUGUCAAUCUCUUCAGUCCACUUUACGCUUUACUAACGGCUAGUCAAAUUGACAUGUUAAAAAGCCUGUUUAUGUCAUUGUUGCCUAAACCGAAACAACAAAUUCAAUCGACAUCAAAUUUUACAGGCGGUAUGCCUAUGAAAGAGGAGCAUUUUACUCGAAUGAUGAAUCAAAUACAGAAUGAGUUUGUUGGCGGUAAUACAAGCUAUGUACCUGAGAAAAAUUCUGGAGCUGGGUUUUUAUAUUCUACUGGUACGUGGAGUGGCGUUAACGAACCUCAAUUUUUCGAUCUUUCCGAGCAACAUGAUCUUCAUACGUUUACAGAUCUGAAACACGGGCUAAGGACACCAAUUGAUCAACAACGACUUACAUCUAAUUCAUUACAUCAUGAUUGGAAAAAUGUCAACAAUUCUGCCAAGAAAAACGGACGAAUUGAUUCAUCUGCUUCAACACUUGUUGAUUUCCGCCUUGACAUUUUUAUGAUUUCCAUUCGGGCGCCUGCAGCGCUUGUAAUAGUCGCACAUCAUGAUCCACUUAGUGUGGAUUCUUUGAAGGAGCACAAUAAUGAUUUUACAACUAUUAAUCAACUUAUUCAAAAAAAUAUUAAUGAAAUGGCCGAGAAAGCGGAGCAUUUCUUCAAAAUGGCGCAAUCUUUGAAAUUAGAUAAGGCUAUGAUAGAUGAACAGAAGGCAUUACUUUUAGAUUUGUAUCCAAACAGUCAUAUGAGAAUAUUGGCGCACAAAUUUUACAUAAAAUACAAUGCCACUAACAAUAUGCAUGUUAAUUCAUUAGAGAUAAAAGGAUCUCUCAAUGGUUGCGACAUUGUUGAAAUACUUAAACCAACUGAACAAACACGUUUAGUUGAAUUUUCUGGCAAUACGCACAGUGAUUCUGCUAUUUCAUUUCGUUUACUCAAUUUGUCAGAGAAACCACAACAACGUGAUUACUCAUUAUUCAUUGAAGUAGGUGUUUGCAAAUUAGAAAUCGAUCCUAGUAUUAUUGAUCGUUUUGGCACUUUCUUUACUUCACGGCCAUUCUUUUACGAUUACAAGAAUCAACUUAUGAAACAAAGUGUUUUGAAUGAAACAUCUACAAUUGAUCAUGGAAUUUUAUCUGAUUUAUUUGAAAAUGACACGCAACCAAUCUCGCUAAACAUCACAUGUACUCUUAAAAAAUUGCUUCUAAUUAUAAGGGUACCAAAUACUGCCUCCCCAAACUCUGAUUGUGAAAUGAAUGAUUAUUUUCCAUGUCUUCACAAUGAAGUUUUACAAUUUGAUAUUGAAGGUACUACCAUAGAAUUACCUAAAUCUUUAUUGACUGAUUUGCAAAUAUGUGGAACUGUUAAUUUGAAGUGCCAAACAUUAAAAGGCUCCUUUAUUGGUGAUUCGACCGUACUGAAAUGUAGUCAAGAACAGAUGAACUUUCUUUUUGUCGAUACAACAAAUGCGGAUAAAGCUAUGGGAAAUGUUCAGGCUGUUAUGUUAAAUUUUACAUAUGAUCUGCGUGAUAAAUCUUUGAGCCGAGCGCUUCUACUGAAUUCUAUAAAUUUAUCUCAUAGUUUUCCUGAAUCAGUUUUCAAUUCAACUUGUGCAAAUGAGAAGAAAAUCGAAGGACCUUUUUCUACAAAAGAUGUUUUUCAUUUUAAGGAUAAUAGCUCAAAAAAGAAGGGAGUCAAAGGAGAGGAAGAAAAUCCAAGCCAAACGCUUGUCAAAGCUGGUAGCCGUGCAGAACUAUUGGAGUUUGCAGAAGAUUGUCGUGCAUUUUCGAAUCUUGUUUUUGAUCUUACUUUUGCUAAUGUUAAUUUAGCACUACCAAGUCGUGAAUUCUUCCAUUAUUUAUUUAACAGAUAUCUAUUUGAUUUGACUCAUUGGCGGCCCAAAUCUUCGAAAUUUUCUUCCAGUAAAGAUGGACUAAUUGGUAACAAACAACAAUUUAUCGAAUGCCACUCUGCAUUUUUGCCAUUUAGAAAUUCCGAAAAUGAUCUUGAAAGUAGUUCCGAUGAAAUUUUAGACGAAGCAAAUAUAUCUGAUCCAGAAUCAUCUAAAAAUAAGAAAAGGCGAUUAAAUGCUGAAAACAAUGUUGGUUCUCAUAAUUUCUCUAUUGGAAUCCAUUUUGAGCGAGCGAGAUGUCUACUUCAAAAGGAUUUAACUGGUUUGAUCACUCCACCAUUCAACGCCUGUGAAGGUCAACUUGGCACAGAAAUGUUAAAUGGUGAUCUUUUCCUUGUUGAUGGCUUUAAAGGAUCAUCAAACAUUAGUUACAUGUUUUUAACAUCCUCAAAUGCUCAGAUUUUUCAUAAAAAUUUGCCUGGUGAUAAAGAAACUCCUUUCGGUGCCAAUGUCUUGGAUAAUUCUACUUUUCUUUUUCCGAAAAAUCGAAGUAAUGUCCAAAUGUGUGAAUUACCCAAAGAUCAUCCAACUUUUGAAAAGAUUGAAGAUGAUAAUUUUGUUUGUUCAAUGAGAACUACAGAUCUUCUCCUUGCUGUCGGCUUGAGAAAUUCUCUUCUAUAUCUUAGGCCUAUUGUAAAUUUACAGCUUUUCUGGCCACUUCAAUUUUUAAAAUUUUUUGAUUGUGAUGACUUGUUCAAUCCUGGGUAUCGACCACCAACCACUAAGAUUGAUCUUCGCUUUCAUUGCACUAAUGUAUUGUUAGGAUAUGAUCACUCAUCCAUUCAACAAAAUUCACCCUUCCAACUUAGGUUUGAAAUUGGAUCCUCAUAUGUCAGUACUUAUUUGAAAAAGAAUCUUGAUCGCUUAACACUUGAUUGUAUUUUUGAGGAUUUGAUUUUGUGGAUGCGUAAAAAACAGAUGGAAUCUGUUUCAUUUGAACCAAUAAAUACUCGAUUUUUCAACUCUGAUAAUAUUUUUAUUAAAAUGCUUGCUGCAGAUUCCAUUCAUUUCGUUCUUGGAUAUCUUUUACAAAAUACCUCUAAUCAAGAAAACAAUAAUCCGGCUAUUGACUUUGCAUGCAUUGAUCAAAACUUAACACUUUGGCUUUGUUCUGACACACUUAUUGAAUUUAUAACUAUUAUUAUUGAAUUAUUUAACUCAGAAACACUUAAAACACUUUUUGCAAGUUUAAAUUCAACAGUAAAUGACACAAAUUUAACAAAUUUAAAUUCUGAUAAUAUUGAUAUUGAACAAUCUGAUACUGGAUUUCCAAGUAGAAUUGAUUCUAUUAAUGAUGAUCAGCAACUAAUUAGAGAAAUGGAGGCAGCAAUAAGUGAUAUGCCACCGAUUUAUCGAGCUAAUGAUAUCACAAUAGAACGUUGCGCAAUGACAGAUAGCGUUUUUGAUCAGAAAAUGUUUGAUGCCUUGUCUGAUGAGUCUGAAGAUGAAGAAAAGAUUGCAGAAGAUGAGGAUUCUGAUGAGUUCACGUUUAUUGAGUUGCCAAGUGAGGUCUCUAAAGGAUCGACUUCCGUCUCAAAAAAUGGUGUUGACAGACCUUCUGUCACUCAAUUGAAGGAAGGACGAUUUCAUACAAAUUUUGAUGCCAUUGGAGGAUUUGAAUUUAUCGCUAAAACGAUACGAAUAGAACCUGUCAAUUCAGAACAAAACAAUAAAUUGCCAUCAUCGGCUAUUAAAAUGAGUUAUAAAAUUAGUUUUUCAUCUUUGAAAAUAUUAAUCUUUGGUGGAUCUGAUUUUUGUGAUUCUGCUCGCCAUUUACCGCAAUGUGGUUAUUCUCAAUGGGAUUCAAAUCGACGUGAAUGUUCCGCUAACGCUGAAAAUGAUUAUGGAUCAAAAGGAGGUCGUUAUAGAGACCACACGGUUUUUAUUGAAUUCAAAUUCUCAAAAUUAUCAGCAGUUUGUAAAUUCUUCAAUGAGGAAGUUUUUCCUUAUCACUUUAGUUUCUUACUAGAACUUGGAGAUUUGAAUAUUCUUGAUCAUUUGGAAAUCUCGCAUAUCAAUGAAAUGAUUCACCGACUUCAAAUUGAAGGUCAACCUCGUUCACAAGGUCAUUUCUUAAAAUUUUUCCUUCGAGAAGAUCAACUCCGUGAAGCAAUUGUGCGAAUUUCCCUUGCUCCUAUUCGACUCAAUCUAGAUCAAGAUACAUUUGAUUUUCUUGUUGAUUUUAAAAAUCAACUGGUUCAAUUCUCAAAAAAUAUUUUUGAAAAUCUUCCAUCGACGUCUGCGAAUGUAAAUAAUGCAGAAGAUGAGGAUGUGCCCAUUAUGGAAAUACCACCACAGAGAACUAAUGAUGAAUCAGAGGAGAUGCGCAAUAGUUUCUGUCCAGAGUUUUCGGAAGAAGGGUGUUCUUCCAUUUCUUUCAAUAAAUUAAGACAGCAGGAUGAAGCUGAUUUAGCGGAUCUUUUCUCAGAGGACGAUGUUGACUUUUCCGUUUUCAACGAAAAAGACAGGAAUUGUAAAGUAUCUUCCCGGCAAUCUUCAAAUAAAGCUAAUGAAAGAUUUCAAAGUAGACGCCUUUCUCAAAUUUCAACAGCAACAAUGCAUCAGGCAACUUCUAAAAAAGCGCUCGCUGCCAAAGAUAUUUUUAUCAAGGAUUUUUCUUUCUCACCCGCUUGUCUUAUCAGAAUGGAUUAUGAAGCAAAAAGAAUUAGAACUGAUCAACAACAAAGUGCUUUUCUUUCGCUUUUGCUUGGAAUGACAAAUAUGAAAAAAGCUGAAUUAACCCUCAAAGAAAUUCGCGUAGAAAAAGGUUUUUUGGGAGCUCGAAAGUGUAUACAGUUUGUUGUUGAUGAAUGGAAGAAUGAUAUCAUCGACAAACAGUUAAGAAACUUGGUUGGCGGUGUGGCAAUGAUUAAUGCUGUUGUUUUAUUAGCGCAAGGUCUUUCAGACUUGGUUACUUAUCCAUUAGAAGAAUAUCAAAGAGUAGAUGGGCAACUUAGUCGAGGAAUUCAGAAGGGAACUACAAGUUUCGGUCUGAACGUCGCCAGUGCAGCUCUUGAUGCUACUCAACGUGUGACAAGCUUUGUACAUAAUGUUGCUGAGUUCACAUAUGAUAUAUUGAAUCCUAAUUUCACCUAUCAACAUUAUAAUGCAGAUCAUCGUACCAAAACACCUGGAGAUUUACGUGAAGGUAUUUCACUGGCUUGUAAUACCGUUAAAGAGGGAUUAUCGGAUACGGCACAAACACUUCAGACGGCAGCUGAGCAGGAUCGAGCACGCGGUGGAUGGGGUGUUGGAAUUUUACGGCAUAUUGCCCCAACUGCUGUUCGUCCCAUUGUAAUUGCGACUAAAGCAACUGUACAUAUGUUAGGAGGCUUAAAAAAUCAACUUAAACCAGAGGAACAUCGAGAAGAAAUGAGAAAAUGGCGCCGAAAUUCUAUUAGAAUUUCAAAUGGUGAACAGCUACAGAGGCAGAUGUCUGCGCCUUCUUCCAUUUCUUCAAAUUUCUCUAGCAGUUCGCUUACACAUAUUUCAUAUAAUCCCCAAACACCAUCUUCAAGCCAAAUGAGUUGGCAAAAGAAAAAAUAG